AUGCAAAGUACUGGAGCCGGUGGCCAGCAAACUCCAUACUUGGUGAUGUCCGCCAACGCCGUUCUGGGAGUUAUGAUGGUCGUGACUUGCUCUUUGGGAAGUGUAUUUGCCAAUAGACUUGGCUUGAAGAACGCUCUGAUCUUUGGAACUACUGGAUACUGUAUCUACGCCGCAUCUUUGUACGCGAACAAUCGAUACGGCACGGUAUGGUUCGUGUAUCUCGGAGCGACGGCUUGUGGUAUUACUGCAGGUGUUUUCUGGGCGGCUGAGGGUGCUAUCAUGAUCGGCUACCCGGAAGACUCUCAGCGAGGAAGGUAUCUCGCAUAUUGGCUAGCGUACCGAAACGGUGGUUCGAUUGUUGGCGGUGCCAUUAACCUCGCUCUCAACUACUCUGGCAAAACCACUGGCAAACUCAACUGGAAGACAUAUAUUGUUUUCGUAUCCUUGCAGUGUAUCGCGCCGUUUGUAGCCAUGUUGCUAUCGCCGCCUGGCAAAGUACAGCGAGCCGACGGACAACGUGUGAAGUCAGCCGAGAGGGUUUCCACCCUUACUGAGCUCAAGGAGGUGGCUAAGAUUCUUGUUCGCAAGGACUUUCUCCUGGUCAUCCCCUUCUUUUUCUACGCUACAUAUCUUCUCUCCUAUGCUGGAUCAUAUUUGUCGCUCUACUUCAGCGUCCGCUCCAGAGCGCUCGCGUCUCUCGUGUCUGCGCUUGCGCAAAUCACUGCCAAUAUCUUCUUCGGCAGCUUCCUCGACUGGAAGCGAUUUACCCUUAAUCAGCGCGCACGCUUCUCAUAUAUAUUCAUCAUGGCGUUGUUCGGUGGAACUUGGAUCUGGGGCACUGUCGUACAACGCGACUACUGGCAUCAUAAGCCCGCCUUGGACUGGUCCGACCACGGGUUCGGUCGCGGCUGGGCGUUCUAUAUUAUGAUGCAGGUGAAUUUCGCGCUGUCUUACAAUUAUGGCUACUGGCUCGCUGGUUACAUGGCUAGGGAUCCGGCAGAGAUAGUCCGACUCACCUCGACGGUCCGCGCCGUCGAAGCAGCUGGAGGCGCGGUCGCGUCUGGAAUUAGCUCGACUAAAGCACCUCUGAUUGCCGCGCUUGGCGUGAACUUCGGGCUCUGGGGACUUGCAGUAGUUCCAACGUACUUUGUUGUCCGAACUAUCGGCCUCAACUUGAAAGAUGAUGCUGGUGCAGUAGAGUCUAGCACAGAUAGCCCUGACAGCGUCAAAGAAUAG